AUGUCCGUGAGCAACUUCAACGAAAACAUACCAGCACCAGACGACAUCCAACCCCAGAAAGAUCCACGGACUCUUACUUCUUUAAAUGAGAUACUCUCCUGCUUGUCGUGGUACCAAUCCGUCGAAGCAGAACUCUCCAACUCCCUAACCGAGCUUCUCUCAAAUCGUCAACCUAUUGAUAAGUCACUUCAGCAGUUAGAGGCUCUCGUUCCGCGUCUCGAUGAACUUCAAAUUGAAGCAACAAACUUCUCGACCAAGGUCUCAGCUACUGCGCAGACAGCAGAACGCGUGGGUGGACGUGUACGUUCACUUGAUGAGGAAAUGAGGCGUGUUGGAGAGGCUGCUGAGCGGGUCGGACAAGUCAUGGAACUGAAGUCUUCUCUUGCUCAAUUACAGUCUUGCAUUGAAAAUCAAGACUGGGAAUCGGCCGCCAGAUCUUGUGCGCGUGCCAUGUCUUUGCCCUUUAAAGUCAUUUCAGGGCCCUUUGCAGAGUCUGUCGUUCCCACAGCUGAGAAUCACUUGCCUCCAGCACAAACCCUGCAGGCUGCACGAGAACAACUUUUAUCCAUUUUUAAAAGUCACUUCGAACAAGCUUCUCGCGAGCGAGACGCUGCAGCCACGACCCGUUACUUCAAACUCUUUCCUGCUAUUGGUUGGGAGGCAGAAGGUCUCGAGGCGUAUGCAUCGUUCGUUGUCGAUCUUGUGCGAGUGAGAGCUCCAACAUCAGCCAAAACUUCCUCACCUCUAUACUUUGUGACUGCACUUACAGCGCUUCUCGAAAGCGUUGCCAUGAUAGUUGAUCACCACCAACCGGUCGUCGAAAAAUAUUAUGGGGCAGGUAAAAUGGCGAUUGUCAUCAAGCGCCUGCUCGAUGAAUGUGACCGUGUCGUGCGGAAUACAUUGGAUAGCUGGAGAGAAGAUAGGUCAAUAAAGAGAAAGCUUCUAGAUGUGACCAGCUCUCCCUUCUCUAUCGCACCUGCUAUUUCUCGCAAGCAACCAUCCCUAGUUUCAUCCCAAGACGACGAUGACUUAGACCCUCGCGAGAUCGACAAACUCCUAUCUGAAAUCGCGGGUAUGAGCGGUCGAUGGUACCUUUUCCGCAAGUUUCUUGUGGAGCAACUGCAGGAUGAAGAUGUCGAGGAAGAUACUCAAAGCGGCCGUGUCACUCCUGUUUCGCGAGGUCUCAAUCAUCAUGAAGGGCUUAAGUCACAAAUCAGCGAGGACAUGAAUCAACCAGGUCUACUACAACUUUUGGAAUCCAGUCGCUCGCAUCAAGAGUUCGACGAACUACUCUUGACCUGUUAUGUUCCGAUGGAGACGUGGUAUACACGUACUAUCAUCGACAAGGCUCACCGUUUAUCGACCCCUGACCUUUCGCAAUCUCCCGUUACUACCACGACCCCAGACGAUGCAUUUUACAUUCUCAAGACAGUAUACUCACGAGUUCUGUCUGCGGGUUCAUUCAAGCAUAUUGAGCGAAUGACUGAUCUCUUGAAAGAUGUCAUGGAUCAUGAUUAUGCUGGCGGCAUCAGGAGGAAACUUGAUGAUGUAUAUCGAACAGCGGGGAAUACUGGCGGUGGUGGGCGUGGGGAGAAAUCUGAGCGAGAGUGCCGCACAUCGUUCAUCAUCCUCCUCAAUGACCUUGAUAUAUCUUCUUCCCACAUGGAACGAUUGACGAAAGACUUUCUUGGUCACCAAACCAUAACACAACUUUUCCUAGAAGCAGAACAACAACACGUGAAAAGGGUCAUUUCCGGUUUGACAGGAUCUGUGGCUAAAUUCCGUUCGGCACUGAAAGCAGGCAUAGAGCAACUUUUCAACCAGCUCAUGAGACCCAAAUUGCGCACCCUGAUCCCAGACGUGUUUAAAGACGUAUCAUAUGUGCUCGACGAAGACUCCUACGCUGCCGCAGAACAACACGACAUUGUUCGGAAGCGGUUUAUUAAAACGUGGGAGGGUUUAGUAGAUGGGUACAAGGAUGCGUUUACGGACAGUAACUACCGCAUGUUGUUUGGGCUUGCACUUGAUGUCGUUGCUCGACCCUGGGAGAAGUAUAUGCUGACGCUCCAUUUCUCUGAGCUGGGUGCUGUCCGUUUCGAUCGUGACCUUCGAUCAAUAAUGGCAUACCUCUCGUCUCAAACGAUCUUUGGAGACAUCCGGGAGAAGUUUGUGCGCUUGCAGCAGAUCAGUUCGUUACUGAACUUGGACAAUGAAGAAGAGGUGGAUGGAUUCUACAGCGGAUCAGGCAUAUCCUGGACUAUGAGUUUACAGGAUGCAAAAAAUGUCGUGGCCUUGAAGGUAUGA